UAAACGUCAAUUUGCAACCUAAUUAAAUGCCUAAAGUGCAGUUUACAGCCACAUUAAUUUAAGCGCAUUGUUACAAUUUUAAACACGAGAGCUUUGUACAUUCUUAUUUUCAAGCUUUUGUUUAUUUAAUCAUUUGCCGAGAUGUACCCCGUUGGUCAACCUCCAGCGGGGGAGACGAGUGCUGGUGCCGUGAGUGUGUCUGGAGCCGUGAGUGCGGCGGCGGGCACCACGGGAACGGCCACGGGGGCGCCAACCACCGCGCCGGCCACGGGCAGCUCUCCGACCGGCGUGACGAGCGGCACGCUCGUGUCCCCCGCCGCAGCGCCGCCGCCCGACCUGCCAGUGCUCACCUGCCCGCGCCGCCCCAACCUCGGCCAUGAGGGCCGGCCGAUCAUGCUCCGUGCAAACCAUUUCCAAAUAUCAAUGCCGAGAGGAUUUGUACAUCAUUAUGAUGUUAAUAUACAACCUGAUAAGUGUCCUAGAAAGGUGAAUAGAGAAAUUGUUGAAACUAUGGUACAUUGUUACAAUAAAAUAUUUGGUGCUCUAAAACCUGUGUUUGACGGUAGAAACAAUUUGUAUACAAGAGACCCCCUGCCUAUUGGCAAUGACAGAGUCGAGCUUGAAGUUAUUUUGCCUGGAGAAGGAAAAGACAGAGUGUUCCGAGUUACUAUUAAAUGGGUGGCACAGGUGUCAUUAUUUGCACUGGAAGAAGCAUUAGAAGGUCGUACAAGACAGAUUCCAUAUGAUGCUAUACUGGCUCUGGAUGUUGUCAUGAGACAUUUGCCCUCGAUGAUGUAUACUCCUGUUGGAAGAUCAUUCUUUUCAUCUCCUGAAGGAUAUUAUCACCCUCUGGGGGGAGGUCGGGAAGUAUGGUUUGGUUUCCACCAGUCUGUGAGACCUAGUCAAUGGAAAAUGAUGCUUAAUAUUGAUGUGUCUGCAACUGCCUUUUACAAAGCACAACCUGUUAUAGAAUUUAUGUGUGAAGUGUUAGAUAUAAGGGACAUUAAUGAACAAAGAAAACCACUGACUGAUUCACAAAGAGUGAAGUUUACCAAAGAAAUCAAAGGACUCAAGAUUGAAAUAACACAUUGUGGCACCAUGAAGCGGAAAUACCGAGUGUGUAAUGUCACACGUAGACCUGCACAGAUGCAAUCUUUCCCUCUACAAUUGGAAAAUGGACAAACAGUUGAGUGUACUGUAGCUAAAUAUUUCUUGGAUAAGUAUAAAAUGAAACUCAGAUACCCGCACCUGCCGUGUCUGCAAGUAGGGCAAGAACACAAACACACGUACCUGCCGCUCGAGGUGUGCAACAUUGUACCUGGACAGCGCUGCAUUAAGAAACUAACUGAUAUGCAGACGUCGACCAUGAUUAAGGCGACCGCGAGAUCGGCCCCCGAUAGGGAGCGCGAGAUCAACAACCUGGUGCGACGCGCGAAUUUCAACACGGACCUGUAUGUGAAGGAGUUCGGCCUAACCAUUUCCAACAACAUGAUGGAGGUGCGCGGCCGCGUGCUGCCGCCGCCCAAGCUGCAGUACGGCGGCCGCGUCUCCUCGCUCGGCGGACAACAGGCGUUGCCGAAUCAAGGCGUGUGGGACAUGCGCGGCAAGCAGUUCUUCAUGGGCGUCGAAAUCCGAGUGUGGGCGAUCGCGUGCUUUGCUCCCCAGCGGACCGUCAGAGAAGACGCGCUAAAGAACUUUACGCAGCAGUUGCAGAAGAUCUCGAACGACGCGGGCAUGCCGAUCAUCGGGCAGCCGUGCUUCUGCAAGUACGCCACGGGGCCGGACCAGGUGGAGCCCAUGUUCAAGUACCUCAAGUCCACCUUCGUGCAGCUGCAGCUCGUGGUAGUGGUGCUGCCCGGCAAGACGCCGGUUUACGCCGAAGUGAAACGAGUGGGCGACACAGUACUCGGAAUGGCGACGCAGUGUGUACAAGCUAAGAAUGUCAACAAAACAUCGCCGCAAACGCUUAGCAAUUUGUGCCUCAAAAUUAAUGUCAAGCUUGGAGGUAUCAAUUCUAUUUUGGUGCCAUCUCUACGACCAAAGGUGUUCAACGAACCGGUGAUAUUCUUGGGCGUGGACGUAACGCACCCGCCUGCGGGAGACAACAAGAAGCCGUCCAUCGCAGCUGUGGUCGGCUCCAUGGACGCGCAUCCCUCGCGCUACGCGGCCACGGUGCGCGUGCAGCAACACAGACAAGAGAUCGUGCACGAGAUGAGCAGCAUGGUGCAGGAGCUGCUGAUCAUGUUCUACAAGAGCACGGGCGGGUUCAAGCCGCACCGCAUCAUCAUGUACCGCGACGGCAUCUCCGAGGGGCAGUUCAUACACGUGCUGCAGCACGAGCUCACCGCCGUGAGGGAAGCCUGCAUCAAGCUGGAGGCGGAAUACAAGCCCGGCAUCACGUUCAUCGUGGUGCAGAAGCGGCACCACACGCGGCUGUUCUGCGCCGACAAGAAGGAGCAGUCGGGCAAGUCGGGCAACAUCCCCGCCGGCACCACCGUGGACCUGGGCAUCACGCACCCCACCGAGUUCGACUUCUACCUGUGCAGCCACCAGGGCAUCCAGGGCACCUCCCGGCCGUCGCACUACCACGUGCUAUGGGACGACAACCACUUCGGGUCCGACGAGCUGCAGUGCCUCACGUACCAGCUCUGUCACACCUACGUGCGUUGCACGCGCUCCGUGUCCAUCCCAGCGCCCGCCUACUACGCGCAUCUGGUAGCGUUCCGCGCGCGGUACCAUCUGGUGGAGAAGGAACACGACUCCGGGGAAGGCAGCCACCAGUCCGCUUGCAGCGAAGACCGCACGCCCGGCGCCAUGGCUCGUGCCAUCACUGUCCACGCGGUCACCAAAAAGGUUAUGUACUUCGCUUAAGAUUAGGGUAACUUUUGGCCGGUCUCGUCAGAUUCUGAGUAGUGUUUGUCAACUUAAGUUGCAGUUUUACACCGACACGUUAUUUUUUAUACACACUGACUUUUUAGUUCCAGUAGUUUUAGUCUUACAAAAGCAAACCAUGUAGUGUAUCCGAUAUACAAUAAAAAAUAAAGUAAGGGACAUUUAAAAAAGGUUGAUCAAAUGGAUUACCUACUUACCUAAACUUUUAUCACUAAUACAUACCAGACAUUGGGUACACCAACUGGUUUACUUUGGUGAGAUGUUCAAAAAGUUCUAAAAAGAUUAUGAACUUUAUGUACGUGCCACGUCUCUGCCCAUCAGCGUGGUUUAAGCCAUCCAUUAGACGAUAUGGUUUGCAUCAGUCAAUUCUGCCAAUCAUGAUGCAUGGAGCAGGGAGUAGUUAUUGGUCACACCAAAAUCAGUCAUUGCACUAGACAAUAGAUAAUAAUA